CCGGGUAUCUGGCACCGCGGCCGCUGGGCGACAGAAGAGCCCGAGCUGGCGAGGCGGCGGCAGCAGCUAUGGCAGGGACAGAGUUGGAACGGUGCCAGCGGCAGGCGGACGAAGUGACAGAAAUCAUGCUCAACAACUUCGACAAGGUCCUGGAGCGCGAUGGGAAACUGGCAGAACUGGAGCAGCGUUCAGACCAACUGCUGGAUAUGAGCUCAGCCUUCAGUAAGACAACCAAGACCCUGGCCCAGAAGAAGCGCUGGGAGAACAUGCGUUGCCGGAUCUACUUGGGGCUGGUGGUGGGCGGUGGCCUGCUCAUCCUCCUGAUUGUGCUGCUGGCCAUCUUUCUCCCACAGAGCAGUGGGGGCAGCAGUGCCCCACAGGCCCAGGACGCAGGCAUUGCCUCAGGGCCUGGGGACUGACCCAGCCAGGCCUGGAGGAGAGGCCGAGUGGCCGCACUGGCUGGUCCUCGUCUCCAGAGAACCCUGGCGUUUGCUCCCAUCUGAGCCACCCAACUGAGCACUGAAGAGCGACCCUGAUGCGUGCACCUUUGCAUCUCCUAUCACGCCACAGACUGGCCCUUGCGGGCAGCCUGCUGCACUGGCCACUGCCAGGCCAGUCCCACCUGGAGCUCAGUAAAAGCUGCUGUUUGGUU